GGGAGGCGGGCGGAGAAGAUGGCGCCGCCGCCGACCGUGGCGCUGAGCUGAGCUGAGGAGCGGCGCCUGCUGAGCGGGACCGGGCCGGGCCGUGCGGCGGGGAGAAGCCGGGCGCGGGCGGCGGGCUGGGAUAUGCGGCAGCGGCUGCUCCCUGAACUGAGGCGGGCUCUGCUGGGCUGCGCGCGUCCUUGGGCCGCCCCGGCCUCACAGUUCGCCCCUCAGCGCGGCUUUCUCGGUCUUCAGAAGGAGACAAAUAACAAAAUGAACAAUCCUGCUAUUAAGAGAAUAACAAAUGAAAUUAUCAAAUCACCUGAAGAUAAACGAGAAUAUCGUGGACUGGAAUUGGCAAAUGGCAUUAAAGCACUUCUCAUCAGUGACCCGACCACGGAUAAGUCUUCAGCAGCACUCGAUGUGCACAUAGGGUCUUUGUCUGAUCCGCCCAACAUUGCUGGACUUAGUCAUUUUUGUGAGCAUAUGCUGUUUCUGGGAACCAAGAAAUACCCAAAAGAGAAUGAAUAUAGUCAAUUUCUCAGUGAGCAUGCAGGGAGCUCCAAUGCUUUCACCAGCGGAGAGCAUACAAACUAUUACUUCGAUGUGUCACACGAACAUCUAGAAGGUGCACUAGACAGAUUUGCCCAGUUUUUCCUGUGCCCUUUGUUUGAUGAAAGCUGCAAAGAUAGAGAAGUGAAUGCUGUUGAUUCUGAGCAUGAAAAGAAUCUGAUGAAUGAUGCCUGGAGGUUGUUUCAAUUGGAGAAGGCUACUGGAAACCCCAAUCAUCCCUUCAGUAAAUUUGGAACAGGGAACAAAUUCACUCUGGAAACUAGACCAACCAAAGAAGGAAUAGAUGUAAGACAAGAGUUACUGAAGUUUCAUUCUACUUACUAUUCAUCAAAUUUAAUGGCUAUUUGUGUCUUAGGAAGAGAAUCCUUGGAUGAGCUGACUUCCCUAGUGGUGAAGUUGUUUUCAGAAGUAGAGAACAAAAACGUCCCUAUACCAGAAUUUCCCGAACAUCCUUUCCAAGAAGAACAUCUCAGGCAACUUUACAAAGUGGUACCUAUUAAGGACAUCAGAAAUCUUUAUGUCACAUUUCCUAUACCAGACCUUCAGAAAUACUAUAAAUCAAAUCCUGGCCAUUACCUUGGUCAUCUGAUUGGGCAUGAAGGCCCAGGGAGUCUUCUGUCAGAGCUUAAAGCCAAAGGAUGGGUGUAUACUCUUGUUGGAGGACAAAAGGAAGGUGCUAGAGGUUUCAUGUUUUUCAUUAUAAAUGUGGACUUGACAGAGGAAGGACUUUUGCAUGUUGAAGAUAUUAUUUUGCACAUGUUUCAGUAUAUUCAAAAACUACGUACAGAAGGACCUCAAGAAUGGGUUUUCCAAGAGUGCAAGGAUCUAAAUGCUGUGGCCUUCAGAUUUAAAGAUAAAGAACGACCACGAGGUUAUACAUCAAAGCUUGGAGGAAUGUUGCACUAUUAUCCCAUAGAAGAAGUAUUGGCUGCUGAAUAUUUGCUUGAAGAAUUCAGGCCUGAUUUAAUAGAGAUGGUAUUGGAUAAACUGAGACCAGAAAACAUUCGAGUUGCAAUAGUGUCCAAGUCUUUUGAAGGAAAAACUGAUCGAACUGAAGGCUGGUAUGGAACACAAUACAAGCAAGAAGCAAUUUCUGAUGAAGUUAUUAAGAAAUGGCAAAAUGCUGACUUGAAUGGGAAAUUCAAGCUUCCAAUGAAGAAUGAGUUCAUUCCUACUAACUUCGAGAUUUUACCAUUGGAAAAAGAUGCAACUCAGUACCCUGCCCUUGUCAAGGACACUGCUAUGAGUAAAUUGUGGUUCAAGCAAGAUGACAAAUUCUUUUUGCCAAAGGCUUGUCUCAACUUUGAGUUUUUCAGUCGCUACAUUUAUGCUGAUCCUCUCCAUUGCAACAUGACAUACCUGUUUAUCAGGUUGUUGAAGGAUGAUUUAAAAGAGUAUACAUAUGCAGCACGCCUCUCAGGUUUGGUCUAUGGCAUUGCAUCAGGAAUGAAUGCAAUACUUCUCUCUGUGAAAGGUUAUAAUGACAAGCAACAUAUCUUGCUCAAGAAGAUCAUUGAGAAAAUGGCUACUUUUGAGAUUGAUGAAAAAAGAUUUGAAAUUAUCAAGGAAGCGUACAUGAGAUCACUUAACAACUUCAGGGCUGAACAGCCUCACCAGCAUGCAAUGUAUUACCUGCGACUCCUGAUGACAGAAGUUGCUUGGACCAAAGAUGAAUUAAAAGAAGCUCUUGAUGAUGUCACUCUUCCCCGCCUCAAGGCCUUUAUAUCUCAACUGUUGUCACGGUUACACAUUGAAGCUCUUCUCCAUGGCAAUAUAACUAAACAGGCUGCACUAGGAAUUAUGCAAAUGGUUGAGGACACUCUUAUUGAGCACGCUCAUACAAAGCCACUCCUUCCCAGUCAGCUAGUGAGAUACAGAGAAGUGCAACUUCCUGACAGGGGAUGGUUUGUGUAUCAACAGAGAAAUGAAGUACAUAACAAUUGUGGCAUUGAAAUAUAUUACCAGACAGAUAUGCAGAGCACUUCUGAGAAUAUGUUUUUGGAGCUCUUUUGUCAAAUUAUCUCAGAACCAUGCUUCAAUACUCUGCGCACUAAGGAACAAUUAGGUUACAUCGUGUUCAGUGGUCCACGUCGGGCAAACGGCAUACAGGGUCUGCGAUUUAUUAUCCAAUCUGAAAAGCCACCACAUUAUUUAGAAAGCAGAGUUGAAGCGUUCUUAAAGACUAUGGAGAAAUGUAUAGAAGAUAUGACAGAAGAGGCCUUCCAAAAACACAUCCAAGCUUUAGCAAUUCGUCGUCUAGACAAACCAAAGAAGCUGUCUGCAGAAUGUGCUAAAUACUGGGGAGAAAUAAUUUCUCAGCAGUAUAACUUUGACAGAGAUAACAUUGAAGUGGCAUAUCUCAAGACCCUGACCAAGGAUGAUAUCAUACAGUUCUACAAGGUGUUGUUGGCAAUUGAUGCUCCCAGAAGACACAAGGUUUCAGUACACGUCCUUGCAAGGGAAAUGGAUUCCUGCCCUGUUGUUGGAGAAUUUCCAUGCCAAAAUGAUGUGAACUUGGCACCAGCACCACCACUACCACAGCCAAGCGUGAUUGAAAAUAUGACAGAAUUCAAGCGCAGUCUGCCACUCUUUCCACUGGUGAAACCACAUAUCAAUUUCAUGGCUGCAAAACUGUGAAGAACCUCAAUGGAUGAAGAAAUGCAAAUGAUCAGCACUGAUGUGGUUUCAGGGGACUUCAUGAUGAACAAAAUUAUUAAAGACUGUUAGGAUAAAUGGUUCUGUCCAUUAUGAACGUCCCAAAUUCCUUCUUGGUUCAUUUGACAUUAGAUGUGUGUUAGGCAUAGAGAGUAUAGAAAAAUCAGUUGUGGUCAUGUGUCAUUUAUAUUACAGACAACCUGUUGAAAACCAAAAUCAACUGAAACAGUAAUAAUAAUAACAACUUGUAGAUGCAGUAUAUUUUUGAAAUAGUGAACCCCUUCAAACUUUAAUUUUGAUAAAAUAAGCUUCUGGAGCAAACAAUUGCUUGAAAUAUCCUCAUUAUUCCUGAAAAACAAUCAACAACAUUUAGUAGCCCCAAAAUAAUCUUCCUGGGAUCUGGAGGAGGGUGAGAAAAGAAUGGGAUGGGGUCAACAAUUUUUCUUAAAAUAGAGUUUCACAUUUUUUGAAGUGCUGUGUUGAAUGUGACUUUUAAAAUUGAUCCUUAAUGCAAUCAACAUAACAUGUUUUCUAUUUAAGUUUGGUGAAAACCAUUGGAGGGAAAAAAAGAGAAAUUGAUAACAUAGUAAUAAGUGAAAGAAUUGUCUUAAUGAAAAUAACUGAAGAUAUGGACAUGAUUUUAAUAUUUAUAUAUAAAUUUGGGGACAUUUUAUAUUAAAACUCGUGAAAUGCUGGAAACACUUCAACAGUCCAACAUAGUUUUGUUGUCAAAAGUGUUGUCCUAGUAUUGUCUUGAUAAUAUCAAUAUCCUCUUCAGUUUUUCAGUGUUAUUCUGAAUUGUUUCCAUAUGAUGUAUAAGAUACUUUAUUUGGUGUUAUUUUUGUUUUCAGUUGUGCAUAGACUGCAUGAGUUCUCCACCAGUACAAUUUGCCUUUCUUGUUAUUAGGUCUCAGUCAAGUACUUACUAGUGCAAAUAACUUUAAGCAUGAGUCAGUUCUUGACUGCAGAACAGACAGAUGUCAAAUACAGGCUCUGUAAGGAAUCAGAUUCAUUAUUUUUAUGAUACAUCUUGUGGGUCCUUUUUGUCCUUCAAGAGGGCAUUUGAGAUGGAGCGGUGCUGGUAUAGCAGUACUGGGUUAGCAGAAGUCUUGGCAAUGGUGUGCAGUUCAGGUUACAUCACAGAAUAUUCCUUCCUACUCCUUUUAAGAAGAUUGUAUGAAGCCCAAGGAUGAAGAAUAAUGCUGAAAUAUUGUAUAGAUAUUUCAUAACUUAGUAAAAUGUUAAUACAGUGUUCAGUCUUCACCAAGUCCACUGCCUUCUGCAGUAGUCUUCCACUUGGGACAGCAAAUCAGGGUAAACUCCCCAAAUAGAAAAAAAUAAGGGAACAUCUUACUAACUUCUCUUACAAGUUUAGUGCAUGAAAUUGAGUGUAAUUAUUCAGACAGCAUGGAGGAUGAAAAGCACUCAAGAUGUAAAAUCUGUUCAUAAUGAGCCCUUGCUAUAUCAGAGGUGUUAGUGAGAGUUUGCUUCCUACUAUAACCUAAACUGAGGCCCUGACAUAGAAUGUGUGUCGUGUGUGUACUUCAGAGUCCUGGAAUAUUCAAUAGGGGUGUUCCUGUCGUUGAGUCAGUGUUGUAGUAAUGCUGGCUUUGAAAGCAGUUAAAUGAAUGCUUUAAGGGCUUUAAGUUUUGUUUAUUUGAGGCUGUACUAGCUGAAUUGAGUAUAUUUAAGGUGAUUUUAAGGCUAACAGGACAUGUUUGAACAUCUCUUUAAUAAAUUUGAUGAUAGUUUGUGAUGUAACCUGUUGCCAGGAAAGUCCACUAGCACUUUUUGUAGCCUGAGGUGAAAAAAAAAAUCGGCCAUGGUAUAAGCAAAAACAGUACAGGUGUCUUUGUUCACCAUGUUUUUUGUGGAUCUUCCAUGUAAAACAGACUUUUGACUCUUUUGCUUUUGUUUAUAGUUUUCUCUUAGUAAAAAUAUUUGUAUUAUAUAUAUAUUAAAACUUCUGACAGCAUAUUAUAAAAAUAUAUAUUUUGGGAAUUAGUGGUAUUUAAACAUACCACUCUUAUGGUGAAUAAAAUCAAAUUGCUUCUGUAAAAAAAAAAAUAAUAAUAAUAAUAAAUAUAUAUUAGUGGAAGUACUAUCAACUCUUAACAAAUAUAUAAAUGAAUUGGAAUGGCAGUGUACUUAGCACAGGCUCACAAAUAACAUUUUCCCCAGGAAAAAAUGUGGAAUUGUAAAGUUCUGUGACUGGAUGUGGAAGCACAUGUAGUUUUCCAACAACUCUUAAUUGCUUUUAAGUGUUCUCCAGCAUUUUAGAGUUUCUGAGUUUGAUAUAGCAGUAAAUUUUGAUAAACUCAGGCAUACUAAUGGGUUCAUCAUAAUGGAUCCAAAGCUGCAGUGUCUACAAGCAAUAAAAACUACCUAGGAUACACUGUAAUUCAAUUUUAGUGCUUGUUAAUUAGUUUAUGUAAGAAACCAUAAAUUAUUAUUACAUAACUGUAAUUUUUGCAAGUGCUAUUUUAAGCAGUUGAUGUGGAAUUGGGUGCACGUGACACAGCCAGUAUGACAGAGUGCUAGAGUUAUUCUGUUUACAAUAAACAAUCUGAAUUUAA